AUGGCAGAGAUUGUUGGCUUAACUGAUGGAGAGAAGUGGUGGUAUACUUCUUGCCAUUGCCAUAGGUCUGUUACAGCUGAGGAUGGACUAUAUUUUUGCUCUGCUUGCUGUGUCCAUGUAUUUGAGGUUAUGCCAAGAUUCAGGGUUAAAUUCGAAGUUUCUGAUGGUGAAGACCUUGCUACAUUUGUGUUGUUUGAUGCUGAUUGUCAAAAUCUGAUUAACAAGACUUGCAAAGAAUUAGUUGUUAGCUCCAAGGGUGUUAUGGGAGAUGGGGAAUAUCCUGCUGAAAUUUGUGGUCUGAUAGGUACAAAGCUGAUUUUCAUUGUUGAAAAGUUAGCUGACCAUGGUUCAAAGUAUGAUCAUUCUUACAAGGUGAAGAGUAUCUGUGUUGAUGAGACUUUAGUGGAAGCUUUUAAGGACAAUGAGAAUGUUCAAACUGCAAACAAUGUGUUUUUUAACCAUGGUACUAAUGUCCAAGUUGUGGAAGGUUUGCUGAAUGAGAAGAAUUCAUCUAACUUUGUGCUUUCUGCUGAAGAAGACAACAUUAGGGUGGAAGUAGAUGAGGACAAAAGUAUUGAUGAUGCAGAUGAUGACUUUGAAUGUACUAUGAUGGAAAUUGUUGAGGAAGAUGAGUUAGAUGAUGAAGCUGAAUUGGAGGAUGAUCUUGCAUAUGUUGACUGA